CGGCCCCGCAGCGCCGUUCCGGCGGCCAUGGCCGCAGCGGGGGGCGGCGAGGGGCCCGCGCCGGGCCGGGGGGGCCGCGGGCUGCAGGCGGCCAUGAGGGCGGCGAGCGGCGCCCUGGGCAUGGACAGCGCCGGCAGGACCAGGGAUGCCUACGUGGAGUACCUGAAGAGCAUCACCCUCAUCGCCCAGGCCCUGCAGGAGGAGGCGGCAGGGACAGAGAACAGCGAGGGGGUCACCCCUGACACCCCCAAACUGCUGAAGCUGGCAGAGCAGUGCCUGGAGAGGGUCAAAUCCAUCGCAGCAGCCCUGGGGAAAGCCCAGGUGAAACCGGCUGCACAGGAGCGGGGCGGGGGCGCUGCGCCCCUCCCCAGGCACCGCCGGGUCUGCUCGGACGAGGGGGGGAAGCUCUCGCCAUUCCUGCCCCCGGAGAUCUUCCAGAAGCUGCAGAUCGCUGAGGCACAGAGCGCUCGGAAGGAGCUGACCCCGCUGGAGGAGGCCUCCCUGCAGAACCAGAAGCUGAAGGCAGCGUAUGAGGCGCGCGUGGCGCGGCUGAACCCAAACCAGGCUGUGCAGAAAACAUCCCUGACGCUGUCCCUGCAGCGGCAGAUGAUGGAGAACCUGGUGAUCGCCAAGGCGCGAGAGGAGACUCUGCAGCGCAAGAUGGAGGAGCGGCGGCUGCGGCUGCAGGAGGCGGCCAACCGGAGGUUCUCCAGCAGCGUGGCACUCACCCCUGAGGAGCAGGAGCAGCGAGCACUCUACGCUGCCAUCCUCGAGUAUGAGCAGGACCAUGACUGGCCCAGGCAGUGGAAGGCACAGCUGAAGCGGAGCCCGGCGGAUCUCUCUGUGGUGUCUGGGCUCUUCUCCUGCCUCCUGAGCUGCCCCGAGCACCCCAUCACUCAGCUGCUGCGGCGGCUGCAGUGCGCGGUGUACGCCCGGCUCUACCCGGCCGUCAGCCGCGGCCCCGCCGACGCCUCCCCCGCCUCCCCCUCGGCUCUGUCCUUCCUGUCGCUGGACUCGGGGGGCUCCUCGCUGCCCGCCGAGCCGGGGGGCCGCCGGCUCCGGGCGUCCCGCAGCCUGCACUGCAUGUUCUCGGUGCCUGAGCACGGCCCGGCCGCGCUGCGGCACAGCCAGUCCAGCACCCCCCUUGCCGACAGCGGCGCCCCGGGGCCCGCCGAGCCCCCCGAGACCCCCCGGGAAAGCUCCUUCGAGGACCUGGAGCGGUUCCUGGCGUCCCCCGAGGGCUGGGCCCCUGCAGAGCCCCCGGCCAGCUCCGGGCAGGAUACGGCGCUGCCGGAGCUGCUGAAGAGCGUCGUGAGGGACAUCCACAACGCCAUCGACAGGCUGCUGGCCCUGACUCUGCUGGCCUUCGAGGGGCUGGGCACCGCUGCCGGCAAGGAUCAGUGCCUGGCCUGCCUGGAGGAAGCUUUCUUCCCCCCGCUCUGGGCCCCGCUCCUGGCCCUCUACAGGACCGUGCAGCAGCCCCGCGAGGCGGCCCUGGCGCGCAGCAUGGAGCGGCACCGGCACGCCAGCCCCGCCGACAUGGGGCUGGCCUCUCGCCUCUUCCCGCCCGGCCCCGGGCGCCCCGCGUACGCCUCGGCCGUGCAGGACCUGCGCCUCAUCCCGCUGGAGAGCUGUCCCCGCAGGAAGCUGGAGUGCAUCGUGCGAGCCCUGCGUGGCAUCUGCGAGUGUGCUGAGGAGUACUGCGGCCCCCGGGACGCCCGGAGCCUCGCCACAGCUGCCAUCGGGGCAGAUGACCUGCUGCCCAUCCUGUCCUACGUGGUGCUGCAGACGGGGCUGCCCCAGCUGCUCUCCGAGUGUGCCGCCCUGGAGGAGUUCAUCCAUGAGGGGUAUCUGAUCGGGGAGGAGGGGUACUGCCUGACGUCCCUGCAGAGCGCCCUGUCCUACGUGGAGUCGCUGCAGUGAGGAGGGGGCGGCCGGGACCCCCGCGGCACAGGCCGGGCAGGAUGUGUGCAGGCUCGGCGCUGCGGCAGGAGCACCGGCAGGACUACGGGCAGGAAUUCCGGCAGGAGGUGCAC